AUGCAAAAUGCGGUUCUUGCUGUGGCUGACACUCUUUUCUUGUUUCUCACUUUUUCUUUCUCUCUUGUCUUCUCUCAGUCUCUUUCUUUUUUUUUCUUCCUCUCUCGUUUUCUCUCACUCUCUUUCUGUUUCUGUCUUUUUCUCUUUCAGUCUUUUUCUUCCGCUUUCAUUUUCUCCAUUCUUUUUUUCUUUCUUUCUUUUUCUUCCUCUCUUCUUUUCUCUCAGGCUCUUUCUGUUUUUCUCUUUUCUUCCUCCCUUGUCUUCUCUCAGUCUUUUUCUUUUUCUGUCUUUUUCUUCUUCACUCCUUUUUUCUCACGUUCUUUCUGUUUCUCUCUUAUUUGUUCCUCCCUUGUCUUCUCUCACUCUCUUUCUGCUUCUGUAUUUUUCUUCCUCUCUCGUUUUUUUCUCACACUCUUUCUGUUUCUGUCUUUUUCUUCCUCUUUCGUUUUCUCUCACUCUCUUUCUGUUUCUCCCCUUUUUUCUUCCUCCCUUUUCUUCUCUCAGUUUCUUUCAUUUUCAUUUCCCUCUCAUCUUCGUUCACCCUCUUUCUCUUUCUGUCAUUUUCUUUUGUCUUAA